UCAAAACAAAAACAAAAUAAAAUAUACGCAUAUCAUAUCCAAAUAUAUAUAUAAAAUAUUAUCAAUUAGUAAUUCAAUCUAAUAGUAAUUCACACAUUAGAUUGAUCUGAUCAUUACUCCAUGACCAUGACUAAUAUCAAAGCUUAAAACUCUCUCUCUCUCCAAAUGUUGAGCGAGCAAAGAUUGACAGGAGGCAGCGCAAGAAACAACAUCCACAAUGAAGAUGAUGAUGGCCAUAUGGUUAGAGACAUCCAUGCCUUGACGCCGCCGUCAUCCAUGGCGUCGUCGGCCUCCGGCGAGAACUUCACCACCAUCAGCCGAGAGUUCAACGCCCUCGUCCUCGCCGGCUCCCGCUUCCGAACCGAUCAGAACCAGUCUGGCCCCAACUCGCACGAAACCAACCCCUUAGCCAUCGUUGUCGAUCCUCGUAACGGCGGCGGCGGUGGUGAAGAGACGACGAUGCAGCGAGUGAGGAAAGAGGAAGCGGAGUCGAAGAUUAGUGCAUGGCAGAAUGCGAAGAUAGCGAAGAUUAACAACCGGUUUAAGAGAGAGGAAACCCUAAUCAACGGUUGGGAAGAUAAGCAAGUGCACAAGUCUUCUUCAUGGAUGAAACAUGUUGAGAGAAAGAUAGAGGAAAAGAGAGCAAAAGCGGUGGAAAAGAUGCAGAAUGAUAUAGCAAAAGCCCACAGAAAAGCAGAAGAGAGGAGGGCAUCUGCUGAAGGCAAAAGAGGCACAAAAAUUGCUAGGGUUUUGGAAAUAGCCAAUUUGAUGAGAAGAGCUCCUUCGAAGCGAUCUUUCUUCUAAUCAGCGUAUCUUUCAGUAAACGAAUUUGAGGAUCGAUGUCUCAUGUGUGAACGUUCGCACAAUACGAACAACUCACAUAUUCGAACCACUCACAUAUUCUAAUAGAAUCCUUGUAAAUAUGCACUAUGUCCAAGUAUAUUUAUGUUUUUUUGAAA